AUGGAUAUCUCAACUAAUCCAAUAAGAGUGGAAGAAUAUUUUUUGGGAUUUUUAAAUGAUACUUUUGGAAAAUGUCUUUUUAGUGAACUCACAAAAGAAAUUGAAAAUUUGAAACUUGACAUCAAUGACAUAAGAGGACAAGGAUAUGAUAAUGGAUCUAACAUGAAAGGAAAGCACCAAGGUGUACAAAAAAGAUUAUUAGAGUUAAAUCCUAGAGCAUUAUAUACACCUUGUGGUUUUCAUAAUCUUAAUUUAGUACUUUGUGAUGUUGCUAAUUCUUGUGUUAAAGUUACUCAUUGGGAAAGUCGUAUUGAAAGUGUUAAGGCAAUUAGAUUUCAAACUCCAAAAAUAAGAGAUGCUUUGCUUGAACUAGCAGAAACAAGUGAUGAUCCUAAAAUAAAGAGUGAAGCUAAAUGUCUAGCAACCUAUGAAUUAGAGAAUUUUGAAUUUUUGUUAGGCAUGACUAUUUGGUUUGAUAUUUUGUUUGUUGUCAAUUCAAUUAGUAAAAAUUUACAAUGUAAAAAUAUGGAUAUUGACAAUGCUAUAAAUCAGUUAGAUGACCUUCUUUCUUAUUUUGAAAAUUAUAGGAAAGAUGAAUUUGUUUAUGCUAAAGAAAUUGCAAAUGAGAUGGAAAUUGAGCCUAAAUUUUGUGAAAAACGUAAACUAAAAGCAUUGAAUGAAUAUGCUUUAAAAUAUAAUGGAUUUUUUGAUAUUGAUGGUUUAGAUUUGUUUUCGGAAUUAAAAGUGUUAAGAGAAAUUUUUCCAAAUGAAAAUAGUAGUUCAAUUGAAAUACUUGAUUACAUAAAAAAGAUUGAUUCAUUUCCAAAUACAUACAUUGCUUAUAGAAUAUUGCUAACUAUUUAUGUAACAGUUGCUUUAGCAGAGAAAAGUUUUUCAAAAUUGAAAUUGAUAAAAUCUUAUUUAAGAUCAACUAUGUUACAAGAACGAUUGAUUGGAUUGGCAAUGUUGUCUAUUGAGCAUAAUUUACUAGAUAAACUUGAAUACAAUGAUUUGAUUAACAAAUUUGCAUCCAAAAAACAAGAAAGAUAA